UAAUAAGUAUACGGAAACGAAGGGAACACGUACUUGGAUAAAUCGUAAGAAUUAUAAAUACGAUAUCGUUCAUAAAAGCACUCGCUUGCAACUCGAAAACCAGUAGACAAUUGUUGGAUUCUUAUCAGAAAAAUACCCUUAUCACUAGUCGCUACACACAUAUAAUUCGAUAAAAUGUCGGUUAUCGUCAUGAUAUCUGUGAACCCGUCGACGCUAAUGGUUACUGUUCUGCUGGCACUGCAUCAAAUGACGACGUUCACGUGCAACGCUCAACGACAAAGUUCCGGUCGAUCGCGUCGAAAAGCAACCUUCGGAAGCGGCAAAGGGUUAACGUGGACUGGCGCCCAGUACCGGUUCGAAUGCGACACGGUGGAUGCGUUACUCAGAGAUGAUGGUCGUUAUGUGCCGAGAAACAACAUCGCACUCAGAGCUCAGAUAUGUGGAAAUGACUUGUACUUGGCGUACCCUAGGUUACGAUCCGGCGUGCCAGCCACUGUGGCCACGACUUGCCUGUUUACUGAUGACGUGUGUGAUGAGGCAGUAUUGACACCUUACCCCUGCUUAUCUAUCCAAGAACAGGGUAAGUCGGGUGAGGUGCAAAACGCCGUCGACUUGUACUUGGAUACGCAAGAGGUGCUGUGGGUCCUAGACACGGGUAUUGUACAGACAAUGGACAACGACGCUGAACCGCUGAGAACGGGACCGCCAAUCGUAUGGGCGUUUGACUUGAACACGCGUAAGCUUUUCAAAAAAAUCGACUUGACGUGCUUGACGACGCCGAUGAGUCGUCUCCAGAGUUUGGUUGUGGACUACGACGAGACGAACGGCAAGUGUUACGUGUACGUGUCAGACGCGGCCAACCGCGCAGUGAUAGCGUACGACGUAGUCGAAUCAAAGGGAUCGCGAGUGGUGUUGCCCAAGGCGAUCGCGGCAGGAUGUACAAAGCGCGACGUUCUCUAUGUGGCGCUUGUCCGGGCCGAGUGCGGCGGCGGCGCCGCGGCGCUGAUUGUCACGUACCUUUCGGGUGUCAGGGCGUUCACGGUCCGGACCGAAUACCUGCGUCGAGGUUCUGCGGGAAAAGUGACCGAUUUGGGCGUCAAACCGGACAGAAUGGUGAUUUUAGGUACGGACGGAGGCACAAAAGUGUUCUUCCGAUACGACGCUUCACCCGACGUGCAGAGCUGGGACGCGACCCGUCCGUUCGCUGUGGAAAACUUCUCACCGGUCUAUCGGUCUGACCCCUGUUUUCUGGCUACCCAAGUGAUGAUCGACCGGGACCGGAACCGGCUCUUGGUGCUCGAGUCAAACUUUCCAGACUUUGCACAAAACACUGUCGGCUGCGGAAUCGUGCACAACGUCCGCAUGCUCGAAGGAUGCUUUUAAGUCACGUUCGUGACCCUUUCGACUAUGCGACAGAGUCUGCAAAGAGUCACUUGACAACAUAAUAUAAUAAAAUAUACAUUACAUCAGUUUUAAAUCCGUGGAAUAAACAAACUCAAUUCACCAAAGAUUUGUUAAUAUCGUUUAUAACUCCUUUAUAAUAUACUUACUUAACGGAAUCGUUUACAUUCACCAGCGUGAACCGGGCGGUAUACUCGAAUUCUACCAGGAGUAAAUUUAUCAUCCGAUUUUAUUUGUAUGAAAUUUACUUUGUUCUUUAGGUUUAAUAUAUAUUUUAAAUUCCAUCAAAUUAUGUAUCAUAAUAUUUUAUAUUUAAUUUUCUUUUAAACAUCAUUCACCCGAGAUUGAAAAUUCCUAAGCACGAUCUCGUAUAAGAGAACUAUUAUAGAACAAAAUUCAUUAUUAUACCUAAGAAAAUCACGGCUUAUAACAUAUUAAUAAAUAAAAGUUAUUUUAAAUAAAAAAUAUUAUGUCAAUAAAAGUAUAAGUUUUAUCGUGUAUGUUUUAAUUAUUUACUAUAAAUACAUAACUAAAAUAGUUAUUGUUUCGUAUAGGCAAUGUAUAUUUUAAGGCGUACGGUAUACUAUAACCACGUAUACGAGUAUACUUAGCAGAUCGGUGAAUUAAAAACUAGGUACUACUACCUAAUAUACUACCUAUAUAACGAAAUACAAUAAUAUUUUUCUUUAACGUGAAAAAAAAUAUAAACUUUAUAGUGGCCCUAAAA